CGGGUCCGGGAAGACUCCAAGAGAGAGUCUCGUCGGACCUCCAGAGGAAGGACUUUUUCCUUAUGCGCUGGAGGAGCAAGGAGCAGAAGGUCGACUUGAGCCGGGUGAGAACUGUCAGGGACUCAUGGACCCGUGGACUUCGACUACUCGUGGACUUCGACAUUAGUCUUCUCUUGUUGGGACCGAGCUGCAGAUUUGCCUUUGAUGAAUCUGGCGGGAGCAGCAGUACAUUAACCUAAGACCCGUGUUGAGGGAACGACUUGACAGAUUUUCCUGCACGACAAGAGUUGGAGCCCGCUUAUAUUGCGAGACGGUGUUUUCCGAAUCGGGCAUAUUUCCUCGGGAGGUGUAGACUUUCACGGUCGACGGGUUUUUUUUAAAUCAUUUUGGGUUCGAAGUGUUCGAAUAUAGUGACAACCGUAGGACCCUGCAGAAGAGGAAAACAUGGGGCUCCUAUCGUUUGCCGUCAGUCCGGAGCUGAGACCAGCUUUCGAUAGCAUGACCUUUGGAUACAAACUCUGCUUGCUGUAUGUCAAUCUCAGCGACAGGUUUCUCAAAUGGCACAAAGUACCGGUGGUUUUGGGGCUCAUUUACCUCGAGCUGAGACGAACGAUUCAUCAAAAGUACAAUCUUAUUGCCGUCGGCCCAGCGGACAAGGAUCCUGGCGAUGAAGGCUCAUUCAUCGGUCGAAACAUCGACCAAACUCCACCCGUAUCAGAAAGUCAACUUAUGGAACCACACCCAGCCGUGGUUGCAACUAAGCUCCUCAACCGCAAGAAUUUCGUUGGCACGGGAACUCAGUUCAACAUGAUAGCCACUUCGUGGAUCAAUUUCAUGAUUCAUGACUGGAUCGACCACCAGGAGGACGAUUCACCGAGCAAGAUUGCAGAAUUGGUGGCGCCAAGCUCUGUUGCCGCGCAGUGUCCACUGAAGGCCUUCAAGUUUCACCCAGGGCAUGAGGAGGACAUUGGUUCCGGGAAAAUUGGAUUCCGCAACACACGAUCCUCUUGGUGGGAUGCGAGUAUGAUCUAUGGAACCAGUGCCGAGGUCCAGCAGUCCCUGAGGACUGGGAAGGAAGGAAAAUUGAAAAUUUCAGACGAUGGAUCGGGACUUCUCCAGGCUGGGCACAACGACAUCCCCCUCACCGGAGAUCCUCGCAACCCAUGGAUGGGGGUCGCAGUUCUGCAGUCCUUGUUCAUUGCCGAGCACAACCUUAUCUGUGAUACGAUCAAGGCAGCUCAUCCCACUUUCGACGACGAGACGAUCUACAAGCACGCCAAGGUUACGACUCAGACUGUCCUUGCUAAAAUCCACACCAUCGACUGGACCGUUCAGCUCCUGAAGAUGAACACUCUGCUUGCUGGCAUGCGAGCGAACUGGUACGGGCUGCUAGGAAAGUGGGUCAAGGACAACAUCGGAAGCACAAACAUCAGUCUUCUUAGUGGGAUCGUUGGGCACUCGAAGACAGUGGACCAUGGCGUGCCUUAUUCUUUGACGGAGGAGUUCACUUCAGUAUACAGGAUGCACCCUCUUCUGCCCGAGAAAAUCGAGAUCAGGGAUCUCCGAAAAGCGCCGAAAAUUAAAAAUGAGCCCGUGCUGAUUGAAGAAGUCCCACUCGGAGAAAUGAUCGGUACGGCGGGGAUCAAGAAGGCCAGAGGAUAUGGAAUCAAGACCCUGCUGAUGUCUAUGGGCAACCAGCCGUCUGGAGCUCUGACUCUAUUCAACUAUCCCACAUGGAUGAGGGACCUCGAAGUGACAGAUGCAAGUGGAGUCCGUCGCACUGAUCAUGUAGACAUGGCAGCUCUGGAAAUCUACAGAGAUCGUUCACGCCGAGUUUAUCGUUACAACGAAUUCCGCAAGAGACUGUUCAUGCCCACGAUCAAGAGUUGGAGCGACCUGACCGACGACCGUGAAACCAUCGCAAUCCUCACUGACGUUUACGGAAACGAUGUGGAGAAGUGUGACGUUCUCGUCGGACUGCUAGCAGAAAAGAAGAUCAAAGGAUACGCGAUUAGCGAGACGGCUUUCUACAUUUUCCUCCUGAUGGCAACAAGGAGGCUGGAGGCUACUCCCCUCUUCACCACCAACUUCAACGAGGCAACAUUCACAAAAGAGGGACUGCACUGGGUCAAUACAACCGAGGGUCUCAAGGAUGUACUUCUUCGCCAUCACCCUGAAGUUGUAAAAUCCUGGAUGCCAGCAAGCUCGGCCUUCAGCAUUUGGAGCGUUCCUGCCGAUAGUUUCAACCCCAUCCCAACUCUAAUUCGCUUUCCCUAGGCAGUCAUCGAAUUCGGCGAUUCCUCCUGUAGAUACGUGUACUUACUAGCUCCUUGACGUGUUAUCUUCCAUAUCUCAGAGAUCCAAAGUCUGGCCAAAAUUCCCAUCACUCGACUGGGCAAAGCUUUUGUAGUUGUAGGUUACAUUUGUAAACGCGUUGUUGGUAAGAAAAUAGUUCAGUUGUAGUUAUCAGCAAAUACUGUUCAAAGCAGUAACAAUACGGUUUCCCCAUCGAGCAGUCGCCAGCACGUGACUUGUUCAUUCCUGUGACACAUAUUUUGAGUAUAAUCAAUAAAAAUCACCUUCUG